CAGCUUCCGUAGUGACACCGAGCGGCGAGCGCGAGCUCAAGAGCUUAGUCAUGAGCAGCCUGUGUGUUUUGGGACAAAGACAGCCGCUCGCCUGCUGGAUAUAAGGGCAGAGUCCGAGCCCGUGGUUAACUAAUACUGGAUUAACACCGUCCGCGUUUAUUUUUUGGCCCCUACUUAACACUGUCAACACGGUUUUGUGAAAGAGAGGCGCUAGCUUAGCUCGCUAGCAGUGUGUGUGUGCGGGUUUAAAGAUCCGGUUCGGGUUUGUACGGAACUGUCGCUAAACUGGCCAGGUGACCAAGGAUGAAUCGGUUCCGAAAGUGGCUUUAUAAGCCAAAGAGGUCAGAUCCACAGCUGCUAGCCCAGUUCUACUAUGCAGAUGAAGAGCUGAACCAAGUUGCCACUGAGCUGGACAGUCUGGAUGGCAGGAAGGACCCUCAGAGGUGUACAUUGCUGGUCAACCAGUUCCGCUCCUGCCAGGACAAUGUGUUAAACAUCAUAAAUCAGAUCAUGGAUGAAUGCAUUCCCGAAGACCGAGCCAACAGAGACUUUUGUGUGAAGUUCCCAGAAGAGAUCCGCCAUGACAACCUCGCCGGGCAGCUGUGGUUUGGGGCCGAGUGCCUGGCAGCAGGAUCGAUCAUUAUGAAUCGUGAAAUCGAGAGCAUGGCCAUGAGACCACUAGCUAAAGACCUCACCCGUAGCCUGGAGGAAAUACGCAACAUCACACGAGACCAAGCGCUACGAGAUCUCAACAACUACACCGACCGCAUGAAGGAGGCGCUACGUCAGUUUGACAGCCUCUUCGCUGAGUUUGAGCUCAGCUACGUGUCAGCCAUGGUGCCUGUGAAGUCUCCUAAAGAGUAUUACAUCCAGCAGGAGGUUAUGGUGCUCUUCUGUGAGACAGUUGAAAGGGCCCUAAAGCUUGAUUAUCUCACACAAGACAUGAUUGAUGACUACGAACCAGCUCUUAUGUUUACAAUCCCUAGACUUGCCAUUGUUUGUGGCCUUGUUAUCUACUCUGAAGGGCCUCUUAACCUCGACCGCAAACCAGAGGACAUGUCUGAACUCUUCCGGCCUUUUCGUACUUUGCUGAGAAAAAUAAGGGACCUGCUGCAGACUUUAACAGGAGAAGAGCUCAUGACACUGGAGCGCAGCCUCUGCAUCUCCCAGGAUGGAGAAUUCCCUGCAGGCCCAAGUAUUCCGUCGACCAAUGACCAGGCCUCUUCCACUGGUCCUGAGAGCCAUCUGGAAACACUGGAACAGGACGACAGAGUUGAGGAGGUGGUAGAUCUCACACUUUGUGUAGCCCAGAAAGAAGAUUCUGUAUGGAAGGAGGAUGAGGAGAGGAAGGGGCAGCCCGAGACGUCCAGUGAGUGUGAAGAGGAGGACGCCACAGAUGCAGACUUGGCUUGCUCUGUGCAGUAUGAUGAAGAAGAGAUAGAGCAACUUAAUAUAAUGGUGCAUCAAGUGGGGGAUGAAAUGUCUACGCUGCUUUCCCCUCCAAGUCAGAAUCAGUCCCCAGCCCAUCGGCCUCGGCCCUAUAGGGGAAGUAGUCUUGAAGGUUCCAGUGCCGCCUCCAGCACUCAGGCAUCUCCGCGGAGAGUCCCGGGAUCCUACCACGAUGAUGAAAGAGUGUUUCUUAUGGAUGACCUGGAGUCUGGUGCCGAGCUGUGCCACGGACAGCCUACUCUUCCUACUCUAUGCCUCAGAUCCCCUGAGCACAGUCGUCCUGCCCCUUUGACUGACUCCUCAUGUAACGGUUGGUUGACGGUCUGUCAAUCAAGCAAUGACACUAAUCUGGGUUCCCAGUGCCAAUCAGCCGAAUCUGUGGGGAACUCCGAAAGGUCACCCAUCGUGAACAGCUGGGAAGGAUCUCAGGAAGAAGAUAGCGUACAGACUGCGGAUGAAAUCGCCAAUCGGACCGGUGGAAUGAAGUUGUCCGCCACAGUUAUUUUUAACCCUCAUUCUCCAAGCUUGACUGACUUGGCCGUCGUCGUACCUCAAUUGGCUGACGUUCCAGAACCCGGUGAGGGCGGGGCUUUAGUUGCCACUCAGUGCCUGCUUAACUCCUGCGUGUGCUGCACUGGCGGAUGCGUAGACAACCAUGAGGAUGCCAUGGAGCCUGCUGGACGGGGCAUGGCACUGGGAUUUGAAAAGCACAAGCUCACAAUAACAAGCUCUGUAUUCCAAUCAGCAGUAGCUGCUGGCAGCCCAGGGAAGGGAAAUGGACAUUUACCACUCACUCUGCCCCCAUCUCAGGCCCACCUCACCCCUUCUGUACCACACUGUUCGGUGCAGAACCAAGUGAGAGAAGAUGAGGGCAGUCAGGACUGUUCCCACUAUCCCUGCUGUGAGAAAUGCGCCCCAGGGGUUCUUCUAGCUCAGGAAAGAGGCUCAGGACAAGGAGAGGGAGGACCUAGUUGCACCCACCAGGAGACAGGAUGCCAGACGCAACCUAACACUACGAUUAAAGGGAGAUCGGAAGGUUUUGGAAAACAGCCAAAGGAGGAUAACAGAAAGAUCUCUAGCAGUUCUCAGGAGUCCCUUCUCAGUUCUGUCCCCAGCAGUGACAUAGAUGGUGUUUCUGUCACUACAUGCAGUUUAUCAAGUUCAUACACACCCAGCCUGACCACCAGCUCGGACAUGUCUGAGGAUCUGGAUCAUCAGGAGAUUCAAAUGGCUUUGCAAGCUGCCAAACUUGCUGCUCACAACAAAAUUCGCUCACGUUUCCAUAGCAGUAGUGACCUCAUCCAUCGCCUUUUUGUCUGCAUAUCAGGUGUGGCUGAUCAGUUGCAAACAAACUAUGCGAGUGACCUGCGAAGCAUCUUAAAGACUCUGUUUGAGGUCAUGGCUACAAAAUCCGACCAAGAGGACAAUGAAAAGCCCAAGAAAGGUCCGUGUCUGGGCAGCGCUGUACUGGAAGACUGUGCUCUCUGUCAAGAGACCAUCUCUUCAUCAGAGCUUGCUGCCAAAGCCCGAGAGGGUCAGUUUGAAGACCCUCCAGAAUGGGUACCAGAUGAGGCCUGCAAUUCCUGCAUUGCAUGUAAAGCACCAUUUACAGUCAUCAGAAGGAAACAUCACUGCAGGAGCUGUGGAAAGAUCUUCUGUUCCCGCUGCUCAUCACACACAGCCCCGUUGCCUAGAUACGGUCAGAUGAAACCUGUGAGAGUCUGCACUCACUGCUACAUGUUCCACGUAACGCCUUUCUACAGCGACAGGACUGGUAUCUGACCACAGCGCGCUCUCUCUCACAUAAGCACACUACCACGAGUCUUACUGAGGUUUGAGACUUCAACGAGAACACACACACACACCAUUUUCAUCAUCAUCCAAAAAAUGUAAAUAAUGCAAUCACUUCAAAGUGCAAGAAACAGCCUUGACCAGGGAACAGUGAGAAGGACUAUAACUGGACACUUGGAAAGACUUGUGCACAUAAUGGAAGUACCCCUUCUCUGUGGGAGCCAAAGUAUUUAUUUAGGGCUUUGCUUUCGAAUAAUGAGCUUACUUACAAAUUUGCUUUAAUCGAGCAUGGAACAAGUGGGCUAUUCAGUAAAACAGAACAAAAUAGCUUGUUAACAGGAUUUUGUGUGGCUUUAUUAGCACCAGAGGUUCUAUGGGCUCAGAUUUCCAGAGUGAUUGUAAACUGUGAGCACAUUAUUAAUAUAACCAUAAUAAAACUAUGACAUCAUAUAUGAAGGUAAUAAUACUAACACUAACUGCACCAUCAGUGACACCUUUGUGGCACAAUAUAGCACAGAUGGGUUUUUUUUUCUCCAAAUGUUAAUAAUGCUGCUUUCUGUAAAACAGAGAAGUGAUAUUUGGGGAUUAGAUGAAUGGGCAAAAAUUGAUACGUGUAUAGUUUGAAAUGGAUUUAAUGUAUCUUCCAAAAGAGGAGAUUCUCUCAUUUCCUCAUGCAAAUGAAUGUGCAACAUUUAGAUCUUCUCUUCUUUAUUUUUGUUUGUAACUUAUAUUGAACUGUAAAGUAAUUGCCUUUUACAGCAGUUUGGGAGCCUUCUGAUUUCCCUCUGGUACAAAAGAGCCCCUACCGCAUCCCGUUUACCCCCUCACAUGGCUCCGUCCCAUUACAUUAUCCCUACACUACUGUCUCAGUCAGUCCUGACUGUGCUACACUAAGAGGCAGAUGCCUUUA